UCUCGGCCUCUGGCUAAGAUCAAAGUGUAGUAUCUGUUCUUAUCAGCUUAAUAUCUGAUACGCCCCACAUGUGGGGCCAGAAUAUUAAACUGAUUUUUGGAAAAUGAUGGGAGGUUAGGGGCUUGCUCCACUCCCGUCGCGGGUUGGCCCGGUAUUGCAGUACCUCCGGGAUCGGCCCAUUUAUAAAAAUUAAAACAUAUCCUUCUUAUCUUAUAAAAUUCCCGUUCGAUUCGUUCACUGAAGCUUUAACCUUCAAGUAGAGUGUUUGAGUUUGAUUGUUUGAUAUAUAAUGAAACUUUUCUAAUAAAAUAACCUUUUUUUGCAAGAAUCCGUGGUUGUCAAGUUUUCGAAGUAAAUAGCUAUACUGCAUACUAUACUGGUUUACCAGCUACCAGCUGCCAGCUGGGACGCUGGGAGACGGCAGUCUGUAUCUAGGUCUCUAGGUGUAAAACUGCUCCUUGCUCUAUGCCCUAAAUGCCUCUCAUCUGCCUGUGUCAGAGAGGUACUACACAUCUGGCUACGUGGCUACUACGAACUGUUGUUUUUUUUACGUGAUAAUCCAUCUGCGUUUAAUACAUGUUUCAGAUGCUAAGUUUUUAUUAAGGUUCCUUCGUUUCAAGAAAUACCACAUUCCUCUAGCCCAGGAAGCCUUAGAAAGAUAUCUCCUACUCAGACAAACUUUUGGAGUCGCAUUCAAUUGCCUUGACAUCACGAUACCCAUGAUGGAAGAGCUCACCAAUCUGGGCUACAUCUUUGCAUGUCCAAAACGCGAUAAGAAAGGAAGAAGAGUCAUUGUCACUCGACCAGGUGUUUUUGAUUUGGACAAAUUCACAAAUGGGGACAUGUGUAGGAUACACGGCAUUGCUUACGAAACUCUAAUGGAAGACGAAGAAAAUCAAAUUAGAGGUUUUGUUCAUUUUGCUGACGGCCAAGGUGUAGGAUUUGCCUACCUAACGCUAUUUACCAUCAAAGAAGCUGUGCGAAUUGUGAAAAAUGGAGAGAGAACACUCCCAAUGAGGCACAAAGAAAUUCACGGCAUCAAUGUUCAUCCAUCAAUGAAGUUUGCACUAGACUUUGGCAUGUCUUUGAUUUCGGAAAAGAUUAAAAGUCGUGUGACGCUUUACUCGAAUCUCGAUGAAGUUUUGGAAAGCGGAAACAUAGAAACUGAUAUUUUACCCAAAGAAUACGGAGGAGUUAUGCCUAUGCAAGAAAUGAUUGAGCUAUGGAAGGGCGAGGUGAAAGCGGCGCAUCCCGUUCUGAUGUCUCACGACAAAAUGGAAGUGGAUGAGGAACUAUUCAGUCCCAAAGCCAGGGAAGGAGCCGUAUCAGCUUUAAAAAGAAACACGACUUCCUGUGGGUCUGAAGGAGAUAGCAUAUAUGGCAUAACAGGAAACUUCAGGAAACUCGAAGUAGAUUAGAAAUAUUCUUUCGAUAAAAUUUGUUAGCUAUAGCAUGCACUAUCUGUUUUUAGCAAUCAAAUGCUUUCGAAUUUUUGGUCUACGCACCUAGUAUUAUGUGAUUACUGUAUUCCUUCUUGAAGGGUUUAUUACAAAUGUAAAUACGUUAAAAAAUGUACCCGUUUUAUCUUGUUUUAUUUCCUAUUUGAGAAUAAGAUUGAACCUUAGCUCUUUAUAGUACAUUUAAAUUCUGUCAUUCCCGCCAAAAGAAGCUCCUCAAGUUUAGUGAUAGAUUUUAC